UUAAGUGAGAAACACGUUCGUGAGAAUAGUUUUGAGCAGACUCUCUCAAGACUAUUCUCUGAGUAUCCGAUCCUCAUCUCCGUGAGUCUCUUUCUUUCUUUAUCCAUACAUUGACUCGCUUUGGUCGUCAUCGAAUCAGAGAUCCGUGCGAAAAUGGCGCCGAAGUUCGACACGGAGAAGAUGCAGGAACGCCAGAACUUCCGUAACGUAUGGCACACUGAUCUCACUCACACCAUCCAGGGCGAUACUCCCUAUUGCUGCUUUGCAUUGUGGUGUGCCCCUUGUGCAUCAUACUUGCUUCGCAAGCGUGCGCUUUACAAUGACAUGUCUAGGUACAUAUGCUGCGCUGGUUACAUGCCGUGUAGUGGCAGGUGUGGAGAAGCCAAAUGUCCUCAACUUUGUCUUGCCACUGAGGUCUUUUGCUGCUUUGGAACCUCUGUGGCAUCGACUCGUUUCCUUCUCCAAGAUGAGUUCCAAAUUCAGACCACACAAUGUGACAACUGCAUCAUUGGUUUUAUGGUUUGCCUCAGCCAAGUGGCUUGCAUAUUCUCCAUAGUUGCAUGUAUCGUCGGCAUUGAUGAGCUUUCAGAAGCUUCCCAGCUGCUCUCUUGUUUAUCUGACAUGGUGUACUGCACGGUUUGCGCUUGUAUGCAGACACAACACAAGGUGGAAAUGGACAAGAGAGAUGGUAAGUUCGGUCCACAACCAAUGGCUGUGCCUCCCCCUCAGGUAAUGUCACGGAUUGAUCAAGCCGCUCCACCCGCUAUCGGUUAUCCUCCACAAGGUUACCCACAACACCCUCCUCCAGGCUAUCCUCAAAACCCUCCAGCUUAUCCUCAGUACCCUCCUGGUCCGGCUUAUCCACCUCAAGGUUACCCAAAGUAAUCACUCUCUGCCUGGUUGGAAGAUUUUUAUUUCAUCUUUCUUUUGCGUUCACUUUCACGGCGUUGAUAUGUUCUGUGUGCUGGUCAAAGUGUUUUGAGGUCAUUGUUUGGUGUGUAAGACUUUUACUUCAAAUCAUCUUGUUGUUAUCUGAG